AUGCUUCAAACUGUUCUCCGAUUGUUGCGCAAUCCAGAAGCAUUGCCAAUCCCUCAAGACAUUCAAAACUUGCUUGAACAUGCUCAGUUAGUCACGCUUCCCUCCAUUUUAGACAAGUUAAAAGUUGCAAAACUUGUACUUCAUGCAGCCUUCAUCAAGAUCCUCAACAUCCAGAUGGCAUGGCAUCCCCAAAUUACGGAUGUUUUCAACAAAACCACAAGACAGCCUCAAGAUGGUGACAUCCUCCAACUAUGGAAUUCUCACAUGAGUUUUAUCUACCGGUUUCACCGUAUGGGACUGCUAUCUGGUGUACCGGGGGACAUCUGUGAAGGAGUCAUCUCUGAUGCGCCAAUGGAUUCUUAUCCAGAAAUUUCUGCCACAGGGCCUUUUUCCCUCAACCAUGUGCACAGUGAUAAUGAAGAUGAAGACAAGGAAAAUGAAGAAGACCAGCAGGAAAAUGAAUUAGAAGAUUCCCUUUCUACAAAUCUGCUUAUGAAUUUGGGUACAAUCAGUAACUUGUAA